AUGUCAACCACAGCAUCUACCUCUUCACCUUUACGCCAUUUAGUUUCUAUCAAAGAUCUUUCUGAUGAAGAGUUUAAAGUCUUAGUACAGAGAGCUCAACAUUUCAAGGAUAUUUUCAAAGAAAAUAAGACAAAUGAUUUCCAAUCUAAUCAUUUGAAGCUAUUAGGUAAAACUGUUGCCUUAAUCUUCACCAAAAGAUCAACGAGAACCAGAAUUUCGACAGAAGGUGCAGCCACCUUCUUCGGUGCUCAACCAAUGUUUUUGGGUAAAGAGGACAUUCAAUUGGGCAUUAAUGAAUCAUUUCACGAUACCACAAAGGUUGUAUCCUCCAUGGUUUCAUGUAUUUUUGCUCGUGUAAAUAAACAUGAAGAUAUCCAAGCUCUUUGUAAAGAUUCUUCUGUGCCGAUCAUCAACUCUCUAUGUGAUAAAUUCCAUCCUUUACAAGCGAUUUGUGACUUAUUGACGAUAGUUGAAAAAUUUGAUAUAUCUCUAGAUGCAAUAAAUAAGGGAACCAAUUCCAAAUUGAAAAUAGCAUGGAUUGGUGACGCUAAUAACGUUAUAAAUGAUAUGUCUAUUGCAUGUUUAAAAUUCGGCAUUAGCGUUAGUAUUGCCACCCCACCAGGCAUUGAAAUGGAUUCAGACAUAGUUGAAGAAGCCAACAAGAUUGCGAAGAGAACCGGUGCUAAUUUUGAAUUAACACAUGACUCCUUAAAGGCAUCUACCAACGCUAACAUACUGGUAACCGAUACUUUUGUCUCCAUGGGUGAAGAAUUUGCAAAGCAGGCCAAACUAAAACAAUUCCAAGGGUUUCAAAUCAACCAAGAACUGACAUCUGUAGCUGAUCCAAGUUUCAAAUUCAUGCAUUGCCUACCAAGACAUAAAGAAGAGGUUAGUGAUGAUGUCUUUUAUGGUGAGCAUUCCAUAGUUUUUGAAGAAGCAGAAAAUAGACUAUAUGCAGCUAUGUCUGCAAUUGAUGUCUUUGUCAGUAAUAAAGGUAACUUCAAGGACCUAAAAUAA